CUCAUUUCCUAUAAAGAGAGCUCUUGAAAUAUUCAACGCUAUGCUCAAUGAUUGUUCUGUUCAGAAAGCUACACGAAUCUUCCUCCAAGCUAGAAAGUAUCAGAGAGUGCCAGUGACAAGAGAAGGGAGUGACGAUGAAAUUUCCAAUAGUUCUAUUUCUAUUUGGACUGUGUUUCCCAAUCUAUGGUGGGCAAACGUGCAACAGAAGACAAUGUUUCUUAGAAGGCUUCUACCAGGAGCAGACAAGAUCCAUUAAAACUGUUGGAGUCUUGUACUACAGUGCAUCAACGAAACUGCACUCUAAGUGGCGGGAAGUGAUCAAAGGCCAGAGAGUUUCUGCAAAUUUUGAACCUACAACAUCAUGCAACAUGGUAGUACGGUAUGUCAACUUCUACAUUAAAGGAGGAUCAUCCUGUCAAACAGAUAUUCAAAUUAUCCGAGGAAGCAAGAAGAAAACUUGGCGCCACGUUUCUAAGUGUGGCCUCAAAAGUACCGAUUGUCUUCGAUGGCAUGUUCUGGAUAAACUGUCAUCCAAUUUAAGGCAACAGUGUCCGGAGCCAUCUAAAGUGAGUGUCUUCAUCAAACCACUGGAGAGGGCAGGUACAUUCUACCCGUGCCAUGUCAGUGCAGACAAAUAUUUAACGAUCAUUCGUCUUUUCAUGGAAUACACGACAGAGGAAGAGCGCACUACACUGGCACCCAUUACACGUAGACCUGUGUCGACAACUGUCAAAACAAGGCCUACAACAUCAAAAUAUAUUAUACCAACGGAUCCAGGAGACACAACCAUUUCACCGACUUUCGUCACAACAGAUCAUGCCAUACAGCCUACCGAGGUCCAAGCAACAAUUGGAAAUUGGUCUGUGACACCAUCCUACGAAAAACCCGAUUCGGUACAAUCACAGUCAACUGUACCAACCGCAUCAUCCACUAUGGCUUCAGCUGAAUCACAUAUAUCCAACACGACAGAGGAAGAACCCACUACAUUGGCACCCACUGCACGUAGACCUGUGCCGACAACUGUCAAACCAAGGCCUACAACAUCAAAUUAUGUUACAUCAACAAAACCAAGAGAUACACCCAUUUCACCGACUUCCUUCACCACUGAGCACGACACACAGCCUGCAUCCAUGUUCCAUACAACAAUUGGAAAUUUGUCUGUGACAGCAUCCGACGAAAAACCCGAUUCGGUACAAUCACAGUCAACUGCACCAACCAUAUCCCCUACUACUUCUUCAGCUGAAUCACAUAUUUCGAGUUCAAGCCGCGCUGAAACUGACGAAGACGCAAUCACCAUGACACAAGAAGCAACAACUCCAGCUCCUCUACCGACAAUUCAAUCGACCAGCGCAUCUCUGAUUGCUGAAUCCACCAACUACAUCUGGAUCAUAGGCGUGGUGACUGGAAGCAUUCAAACUGUGAUUCUCAUUGCUCUACUAUUUGUGUUUCUAUAUAAGAAAUGCCGCCGAACCUCGGCACAGGUUCAUUUAACUAACACCCGAGAUCAUGGCAGCGAUCAUGGCAGCGAGCCUCCCACCCAGGGAUUGAGCAAUCCUGACUAUAGCUACACCGACUUGCGUGGAAAUGCGUCUGACCCAACACGAUCCGCGUAUUCAUGUGCUAACCCUGAUCGAGACUACCCAACAAACCAGCAGGGUGCCCUGGAGGUUCAAUAUACAAACACGACUCCACACGGCAGCAAUAAUCUUGUGCCACAGAAACCGAAGACAUCCAACGCUGAGGAAGAAUACUCCGUAGCUGGCGCAGCCACAGACCAUCGUAACCAGUCUCUACAGGAAGAUGCAGAACAUGCUUCAUACACGUGUCCAGAGGAAUCCUCCAUUCUAGACCUAGAGCAACGACCUGACUCCACCUAUGAUGAACUACGCUAUGCAAGCCAAGAAUGGAGCACACUUGGAGACGCAAGACAAAAGGGGUAUUCAGAUGCGGAGGAAAUUGACCACUGGACCAACCACAACAGGCAGAGUCUUCAUACGACAAACUAUGCCAUCCCAAGAGUGGGAAGGCACGUGCGGCCAGUGGGGAGCCACUUUCACAUAUACAUCCUGGUCAAGACGAAACUGCCCACGAAGACCAGCUGCAGGAAUCGGACCCUGUGUACGACAAUAUACAGGAGGACAAAGGAGGCAAGGAUUUCGGCGCUCUCGCAGACAUACAGAAACAGGACUAUGACGAUGUUGACCUGGAUUUUGCACUGUCUAACAGGUACAGCAACCAACCAAGCGUCACGUGUGAUUCAGUGAAUGCAACCACAACGAGAGAUUCGAGCCUUUGAAUAUACGAAUGCAGACUCGGAGUUAAAAACCGGCAGUCUGUACGUAUGCUUUAGUAGGAGCAUUUGCGGAUCGUAAUUUUGAGUUUCUUUGAUUGUUUGUGUAUCUGUGUGUGCACGUGUACGUGUACGUGUACGUGAGAGCAGCCGGGUGUUUAUGUUUAAGCUACUGCACCUUAAAGCGUUUCUCGUUACUUUAUGUUGCCCUUGGAGUAUGUCGAUUCAAUGCAAUUGCUGCAGAUACACAAUGUGUCCCUCAGAUGAUCAUCCUAACAGACCACGACUUCUUUCAACUGCUGUACAUGUAUUUGCAUAGAGCUAUGCACUUCCUCGAUACAUUUUGCCCUUCAAUCCCAUUAACAUCAUCCACGUAUGCUUGUAGUAUGAAUGAUCAACGAAUACAGCUGCACGUGCAUGUUUACGUGAUAGAUCAAAUGCACGUGUAUUUGCAGAUAUAUUGCACUUGUAACCUCAAUGUCAGAGGACCAAAUACACUGUAGUUAAUGCCAUACCAUAAACGAUGAAUUCUAUUGAACUUCACACAUGUUACAUGCGUAUCUUCCAAUUUCGCACUUGGUAUUUCCUUAGCACCGCCAUGUCGCAUGCAGUCUUAAUUGAAUUAUUUUUCUUUUUAAUACAUGUACUGUUUCCGUCUUGUUUUCGCUUUUGAGUUUGGAAAGUCCAUCCUGACACGAAAGCUCAGGCAUAUCAUUCAAUAUCCAUAGAACUAGUACGUUUUAAAGAUGAUAAUAUUUAGUAUAGGAGUACAUAAUCACUAUUUUGCCUUUUCCUGCCUUCAAUUCAGUCACAACAUUCUACUGAAGAAAGUGACAUUAAGCAUUGCUUCUGGAAA